AUGAAACAAGAAGCUUUAAACAAUUAAACAAAUUAGAUAAUGGGAAAUUCAUAAUCAACUUAAAUCCUUGAUGAAUUAGAAAAAUAUAAUUGUUAUUGGAAAUAAGAAAUAAUUCUGAGUGACUGUGAAGAAUAAUUUGUUUAAAUUGCAUCUGAUGAUGAAAGAGAUUGUGCUGCAAUGAUAAACUUUGGAAAAGCACUUAAUAUUUAACAAACAGAUAUUUCAUAAAUAACAGAGAUCUUAAAUUAUUUAGAUACUCCUUAAUUAAAGAUGACAUCUUUAUAGAGUGCUAUAAAUGUUUUGAAUUAUUUUCUGCCAAGUAGUUUUGUAUCUACUUUAACAGAGAUGAUAAAUAAUUAUCUUUUAAUGGUUUUAUAAGAAGAUCUUAAAUAAUAGUAAUAAUAAACUUAAUAACUGUACCAUAAGAAGAAAUAUAAAGAAGCUGAAAUUUAAUUUUAUUUGGGAUUGCAAAUAUUAUUUGGAGUAUAUAGAUUUCCAUAAUUGGAUGAUUAUUGGAAUGCAGAAUCUUGGCUGAAAGGAGGAGUUGAAGUAACAAUGCCAAUAGGUAGAUUCAAAUUUGUAGAUCUUCAUAUAUUUUCAUAUAUUGAUGAAUUACAAAGAGCUAAAUUAUAAUUGGAAGUUAGAAAGUUUUCAAAGAAAUUAAAAGCUCUAUAUAAUCCUGAUUAAGAAUUAAUUGUUGUAGAAUAAAAUUAGAAAGCAUAUAAAGCAUAUUACAUUUUUGAUUAUGAUAGUUCUUAAAUAAUAGAUUUGUUAGUCGUUUGUAACAAUGUGAAAAUUGAAGAUAGAAUUAAUAGAGUAAUGAGAAUGCUUUACAAAUAUUCAAAUUAAAAUCAUGUUACUUAUAUAAUGUUUGAAAUGAGUUUAGAAAGAGUAAUCUAAUUAGUAGAUUAAUCUAUAUAUCCAGUUAUUCGUUACUAAAACUUAAAUCAUAAUUUAAUUUAAAUGUUGUAAGAUGGUGAUUAUGAAUUAGAUUAAUUAUUCUUAAUUAAAUAAGGAACUUAAGUUGAUGUAUUUCCAUAAAGACGUUUGAUAUCUAAUAGACAUUAUAUGACAUCUUAUGAAAAAAUAAAAGAAUAAUUACAAGAACACAUUGUAAAUCUUUAAUAAUAUAGGAGUAAUUUUUAUUAAUCUUCAUAAUUAAGUAAUACUGAAGGUUUUCAUUAAUUAAGAGUUGAAUUUGAAGAAUAUUUCGAAAUUAUGAUUCAUAAUACUUUCUUAUUAAUUCAAUAGACAUCUCCAUCUUAAUAUAGACAUGAUUUAGCUAAAGUCUUAUUAAAUGAGAAAGGUUAAUAAAUUGAAAGAGAUCGUAAUGAAGCUAAAAGAAAAUUAAAUGUCACAUAUAAAGAAUCAUCUUCAAAUACAGAUCAUUUAUCUUUUGGAUUAUAAAAAUAAUAUGGUGAUUAAUUUCAUACACCAAUCCCAUAAAAAUAAGAAGAUACCUUUAAAUAUUGUUUAGUAUGCAUGAAAUUUGAUGGCUUAACUAAACCAUAUUAUAGAUGUUAAUUAUGUGAAAAACUAUUAAAUGUUAGUAAGAUAUUUUUAUGUCCUUUCCCUUGUUUUGAAUUAUUUCAUAGAAAUCCAAGUGAUUUUGUUGAUUGUGAUAUGAAAAUACUUGAACCACUUGGAGAUGGAUUCUAUUUUAAAAACGAAUCUACUAUGUAACUUGUUAAUAAUGGUUAAGAAGAAGAUGCCAGUGGUAAAAAAAGAAAAUAUAAUAAACCUCCACCUAGAACUUAUUGGUCCUUUAAUAAAGAAAUUUAUAAAUAAGCUAAUAUCAAUGAUGAUCAAAACUUAAAUGACAUUCUUAAUACUUUUAAAAAACCUUAAGCUCCUGCUCCUUCUCCUAAUUUAUUAUAACCUAUUGUUCCUUAAGAAUAAUAACAUCAAUUAUAAUAAACUUUACCCUUAGGACAUAAAAAAGAUAUGAAAGAUAUUGAUCAUUUCUUAAAUCAAGAAAAAGAAUAAAAAGAUAAAUUAAUCAAAGAAAUGUAAGAAAGAGAUAAACUAUUAUAAGAACAAUACUUUUAAUAAUAAUAUGAAAAAUAAAUAUAAAAAGAAUAGGAAAGUAAAAAAAGCAAAAAGGCUUAAAAAGAAAAUGAAAAGAAAAAAUAAUUAGAAGAACAACUUAAAAAUGUAAGUCCUCUUGAAAAAUUCAUGGAAUAAAUAAAUAAAAGAGCAAAAGUUGAAGAUGUUGAAUGA